AUGAUUCUCCGUACACUUGGUCGUUACUGCUUGAAAGUCAAGAAUGACAGGGAACGAAUUAGCACCGCGGGACAUUUCCUCGGGCUUGAUGAUGUUUUUAAUUUCCUUGCGUUGGUGACCUUCUAUGGUUUAAGCGCUUCGGUAUUUCUUGCCAUUGAUCGUGGAAUGGGAGUUCAUUUGGAGCAAGUAAUAAAAAUUUAUGGACCGGAGGCAGUUGAUCGGUACAGCUUUGCUAUCUAUUUAUGCGCAUUGUUCUACAAUUCGACGCUUGGUUUUGUGAAAUUGUCUGUACUCGCCCUCUACCGGCGCAUCCUUACAGGACUGCGAUCCAACAGGUUAUCAGUUGCCAACUGGAUCAUCUUCGUCUUGGUAGCAACCAACACGGCAAUAAACGUCUUUGUUGCAGCUUUUCAAUGCAACCCGAUCAAACGAGCUUGGAAACCGACAUCCGUGUCUGGCACAUGUAUUAAUGCCAGUGCGUUCUACAUUGGAAAUGCAAUCACGGGGAUCAUAACCGACACGCUGGUCUAUCUUCUUGCCAUUCCAAUUGUCAACCCUUUGCAGAUGGAGCCUAAAAAAAAGCUGUUUACACUUGCAACACUUCUCGUUGGAGCCUUCGCCGUAGUUACUUCAUGCGUCCGCCUCGCAUUUCUCCCAAAUUUGCUCAAAGACCCCGACAUCACCUGGGCUAUGGGAGUUCCCAUGGACUGGUCAAUUGUUGAACCAACCGUGGGAAUCCUCGUCAGCUCAGUUCCUGCCAUUACGGCUAUACGCCAUCUCUUCACUUCCCGAGAGUAUGGGACGGGUUCCAGUGCAACAAAAUCACAACAAUCUGGCCAUGUGCAGCUGUCAGAUUUUCGGCCGGCAGGUGGAUAUAUCAGCAAAACCAAGGUUUCUGGAACAUUCAAGUUUCCGGAUGAGGAUAAUCGCAACGCUGACAACGACAACGAUAACGACAGCGAAGAACACCUUGUCCGAGGGGUGUCUAACAUGAAGGGGAUUUCGCGUACGACAGAGGUACAACUAUCAUAUUCCACAAGGUAA